AUGAUGAAAAACCACACAGUACCCACUGAGUUCAUUCUACAAGGGCUGUCAGAUGAUCCUGAGCUUCAGAUUGUGAUUUUUCCCUUUUUAAUUAUCACAUAUAUAUUAAGUGUCACUGGAAAUUUAACCAUCAUCACUCUCACAUUGGUGGACUCCCAUCUACAGACCCCCAUGUAUUUCUUCCUCAGGAACUUCUCCAUAUUAGAAAUAACCUUUACAACUGUCCAUAUCCCUAGAUUUCUGGGCACAAUUUUUACCAGAGAUAAAACUAUUUCUUACAAUAACUGCACAGCUCAGUUGUUUUUCUUCAUUUACAUGGGUAUAACAGAAUUUUACCUCCUAACUGCCAUGUCCUAUGAUCGCUAUGUGGCCAUCUGCAAACCUCUGCAUUAUACAACUAUCAUGAACAAGAGAAUCUGCAUACUACUUGUGUUUUGUGCUUGGCUGGCAGGGUUCUUAAACAUCUUCCCACCAGUUAUUCUCUUUCUUCAGUUAGAUUACUGUGGCUCAAAUGUCAUUGAUCAUUUUGCUUGUGAUUAUUUCCCCCUUUUGCAGUUGUCUUGCUCAGACACGUGGCUCCUAGAAGGUAUUGGUUUUUAUUCUGUAAUAGUGAUUCUGCUUUUCACUUUAUCAUUAAUAAUUCUUUCCUACAUGCUCAUCAUUAGGACAAUUUUGAAACUUCCUUCUACCAGUCAGAGAAAAAAGGCAUUUUCUACAUGCUCCUCUCACAUGAUUGUCAUUUCUAUCUCUUAUGGAAGCUGCAUAUUCAUGUAUGCUAAUCCCUCUGCAAAAGAAAAAGCAUCAUUGACCAAAGGAGUAGCUAUUCUCAAUACUUCUGUUGCUCCUAUGAUGAAUCCAUUUAUAUACACCCUGAGGAACCAGCAAGUAAAGCAAGCCUUUAAGGACACCAUCCAAAAGUUGAUGCUUUUCUCAGAUAAAUGA